AUGCCUCCCAAACCUACCGUCGUACAAGCUCCACCUACCGCCCAACAAGCGGCAGCUGCUGCACAACAGAAAGCCUAUGCUGCAGGAAUAAGUGAAUUCGAAUUACCGAAAUCGAAUUUGACUAAAUUGGCGAAAGGCUCGGUCCCAGAUAAUGUCAAAAUGCAACAAGAUGUAGUACUAGCUUUACUGAGAGGAUCAACGUUAUUCAUAAAUUACCUGACCGUAGCAAGAUCAGGUAAAACCAUCACUGCAUCAGAUGUGAUAAAAGCUAUAACAGAUUUGGAUUUCGGUCCGGCAGACGCUUUAGUACCGCUUUUAGAGCAGGAAUUACAAUCAUAUCGAAAUAUAGUGGCAGCUGCAAAAUUAGCGAAAAAGGGUCCUGCACCAGCAAAGGGUAAAGGCAGGAAAUCGACUGGAACAGUGAAUGAUACCGAUGUAGAAAUGGUAGAAGACGAUGAGGAUGAAGCUGGUGAUGAUGUCGAAGGAGACGAGGCCGAGGAAGAAGGUGAAGGUGAAGGUGAUGGGGACGAAGAUGAAGGAGGAGGACAAGGUCAAAAUGGCGCUGGAGAUGAAACUGAAUUGAUCGAAGCGGAAAAUCAAGAUCAAGAUAUAGAAGAGGGUCAAGAAGAAGAGUUAUAA